GUUGACAGUAGUCUCAUCUACAACCGAAAGCCCUGCGCAGAAGUACAAUGGAACCAAGUUCUUCCUGGACGAAUGGUGCAAGCGGUUGCCAAAAGUGCGGGGGCGCAAGCCGUUUGGCCUCAUCGCAGACUUCCGGAUUUAUGCCCGGUGCUUGUCAGAUGAUGAGGUCCGAAAGCUUUCGAGGGCAGAAAACACCGACAAGCAUCCGGACCAAAUCGCGCGUCGCCUGGCCGAGCUGGACGCCGCCACGGUACUGGUGCAACGCCUGGAUGUGCUCGACUGCGCGGCGGAGUGUGCCUUGGUGCUAUGGAAAAUAGGCCUAUCAUGGCCAAACAUCUGA